AGCUGCUUCAUCAUGCCUACGUUCACCGUCUGCACUAACGUCUGCCGGGACUCCAUGCCCGAUACCCUGCUGUCCGAUCUCACCAAACUGCUGGCCAAGGCUACGGGCAAACCAGCUGAGUACAUUGCAAUUCAUAUUAUGCCUGAUCAGAUGAUGAGCUUUGGUGAUUCGACUGAUCCUUGUGCUGUGUGCAGCCUCAGCAGCAUUGGAAAGAUAGGGGGGCCACAGAACAAAAGCUACAGUAAGCUGCUCUGUGAUUAUCUGACAAAACAGAUGAACAUUCCUGCUAACAGAGUCUAUAUAAACUUUCACGACCUUAAUCCUGCAAACGUUGGCUGGAAUGGAUCUACCUUUGCCUAAAUAUAAGCACAUUAUUCCAGUGUACCAUGCAGUGCAAAUGAACUCUCCUUCUGUGUAAAUCAUCCCACUUACUGAAAAACAGCUCAUGACUGGUGUUAAACAUUCCCUUUGGAAUAAACAGAGUAUAAUAAUUAUA